GGAAGUCGCAGUAUUGCAGCGAGCGCGACACCAGCACCCCAAAUCGUCUUAAGGCUGUUAAGACUUCAACGGUUUUUCUGCCGGAAUUUAUUUGGUCAAAUCCACUCAAGAGACACGGAACAACAAACCGAACGGAUUUCUCAUCGUGGAUAUUCUGCUACGUGGGAAGACACCGAGCUUUUCCCUCAUCAACUCAAAGGCACACUUCGUCCCCGCGGUCCUGUGAUACAGCUGUUGCUGCCGUCCCGUGACGGAAUUAUUGUCUCUGCUGUUGGGGUGUAAGGAGGAGAGGAAGCAAAGAUGCCGAAACCGAUCAACGUCCGUGUGACCACUAUGGACGCCGAGCUGGAGUUUGCCAUCCAACCCAAUACCACAGGAAAGCAGCUCUUUGAUCAGGUGGUGAAGACGGUCGGCCUGCGGGAGGUCUGGUUCUUUGGCCUUCAGUAUGUGGACAGUAAAGGUUACAGUACUUGGCUCAAACUCAAUAAGAAGGUGACUCAGCAGGAUGUGAAGAAAGAGAACCCUCUGCAGUUUAAGUUCAGGGCCAAGUUCUUCCCGGAGGACGUCUCUGAGGAACUAAUUCAGGAGAUCACCCAGAGACUCUUCUUCCUGCAGGUGAAGGAGGCCAUCUUGAACGAUGAGAACUACUGCCCCCCAGAGACCGCUGUGCUGCUGGCGUCCUAUUCAGUCCAGGCCAAGUAUGGAGACUACAUCAAAGAUGUCCACAAAGUUGGCUACCUUACCCAUGACAGGCUGCUGCCUCAGAGAGUCCUGGAGCAGCACAAGCUAACCAAGGAACAGUGGGAGGACAGGAUACAGACGUGGCAUGAAGAACACCGAGGAAUGCUCAGGGAGGACUCUAUGAUGGAAUAUCUUAAAAUCGCCCAGGACUUGGAGAUGUACGGCGUCAACUACUUUGAGAUCAAGAACAAGAAGGGCACACAGCUGUGGCUCGGUGUGGAUGCUCUUGGCCUCAACAUCUAUGAACACGAAGACAAGUUGACACCAAAGAUCGGCUUUCCCUGGAGUGAGAUUCGAAACAUCUCUUUCAAUGACAAAAAGUUUGUCAUCAAACCCAUUGACAAGAAAGCGCCUGACUUUGUGUUUUAUGCUCCGCGACUGCGCAUCAACAAGCGUAUCUUGGCGCUGUGUAUGGGGAACCACGAGCUGUACAUGAGGAGGAGGAAGCCCGACACCAUUGAGGUGCAGCAGAUGAAGGCUCAGGCCCGGGAGGAGAAGCACCACAAACAGAUGGAGAGGGCUCAGCUGGAGAAUGAGAAGAAGAAGCGGGAGUAUGCAGAGAAAGAGAAGGAGAGGAUAGAGCGGGAGAAGGACGAGCUCAUGGAGCGGCUGAGACAGAUUGAAGAGCAGACGAUGACGGCCCAGAAAGAGCUGGAGGAACAGACUCGCCGGGCCAUGGAGCUGGAGCAAGAGAGAAGGAGAGCGAGGGAGGAGGCCGAGAGGCUGGAGAAGGAGAGGGAGGCGGCCGAGGAGGCCAAGGCAGAGCUGGCCAGACAGGCUGCAGACCAGCAGAAAACCCAGGAACAACUGGCGGCUGAACUGGCUGAAUUCACAGCCAAGAUCGCUCUCCUGGAAGAGGCCAAGAGGAAGAAAGACGACGAGGCCACAGAGUGGCAGUAUAAAGCCCUGUCGGCCCAGGAGGACCUGGAGAAGACCAAGGAGGAGCUGAAGUCCGCCAUGACAGUGGUGCCGGCGUCUCCGGGUGGCAACGCCGAGAGCGAGCACGACGAGCAGGACGAGAACCACGCGGAGGCCAGCGCUGAGCUGUCCAACGAGGGCGUCAGCCAGCUGGACCUCCGCAGCGAGGAGGAGCGCGUCACCGAAGCCCAGAAGAACGAGCGGGUGAAGAAGCAGCUGCAGACGCUGAGCUCGGAGUUGGCCGAGGCCAGAGACGAAACCAAGAAGACUCAGAACGACGUGCUCCACGCGGAGAACGUGAAGGCGGGCCGGGACAAGUACAAGACGCUGCGGCAGAUCCGAUCGGGCAACACGAAGCAGCGCAUCGACGAGUUUGAGUCCAUGUGAGAGCAGCAUCUCCCCCCUCCCCCUCCUUCCCGCCCGCCCCCCGCUCCCCAAAACUGUUCCCUCAGCAGCUGCUCAAUUUUCAUGGACAACAGUUGCUGCCGUCCCCGUAGAGCCCCCCGCUCCCACAGCUCCUCCCACUCCCCACCCGCGCAACACACGAAGGCAAUCUUGAGAAAUCCUCUUGUCAAACUUUGCCAAAGUCCCGCCCCAAAUCUCCAACCUGAAAGGUCUGGAUACGUCCCUCUAUGUGGAGUUCCACUCUGAGCAGGCUGAUGUUCUGCAGAGAUCCUCUGCGCGCUGUCAGCACAGUAGAAACUGUUCAACAAAAAAUGGAAGCAAUUUGAUUUUUUUUAUUUGUUAUUAUUAUUAUUUUGAGCAAAUUGGGCCAUAGAAAGCAACUGGUUUUUGUCAACUCGUAUGCAAAGGUUUGGAUGGUUUCAGUUAAACAUGAUUUAAACUACUUCCCUCUGCUUUAGUUGACUGUUUUUGUUUUUACGGAUUACGCCCUUUUUCUCCGGUGUCCGUCGAACACAUAAAGCCUCAGGCUGCGUCUGUUCCCUGGUGUUUGGGGAUAAAUGUGCCCACUGCUUUCAUUCAGCAUUCAACCGCUGCUUGUAUUAUUUCAAAACACAUCACAAGCUAGUUGUGCUUAUUCUCUUGGCAUUGGUGAGUCCCCAGAGAGCCGAGCUGAGGUCAAUUCAAACUGUUAUUUAAAUGUUACAUUCACGGCUUCAUGGUAAAAAUGACACUGCAGUAUUUUCCAGGCUGGAUAUGAAGGAGAGCAGUAAGUGAACCGGCCCUCGUUGGGAAAAGGGAAACUCAACCUGUCACGUGGGAGGUCUCGAUGAACGAAUGUAGCAACGGUAUCAAAGGGAAAAGCACGUGCCACCGAGCUUAAGUGUUAUAAAGAUAAGCUAAUUGGUAGUUGUGUAGCCUUGUUUGUGUGUGUGUGUGUGUGUGUGUGUUUCUGGCUUCGUAGUGUUUCAUUCGUAGUCCCUACAGAUGAUUUUCUCUGCCCACCAUUUCAAAAAGGGAGCCUGCGUAAAACCGACAGAUGUGGCGACAAAUGUGUACGCUGAGACCUGACACCUCUCUGGCUGGGGAGCUGAUGAAACCAUCGGCCCUCGACCCGGGACGUAUCUCUACCUCAGUAAUGUUAGAAGUAAGACUGACAGCCCCCCCUGCCCCACAACCCUCCUUUCCAAAAAAAAAACCCAUAACAAUAAGCAAGGUCACGAUCUUACUCGGAUGCUGUUACAUCCUCGAGCGUUGCUCCUGGGAAGGCUGCGUUAAGGUUUCGAGAACAUUACGGGAAAUGGUUGUUUGUCACGCUAGUGUCACACGAGUCACUUUGCGUGUUCUGGCUGGUUCCUGAGAAGCAUUCUGGGUUGUUGGUGGCGAGCCACAUGCACCCAAGGGCCCAUUUAAGAUGAGGCUCUCCUGUGUAAUAAUAAUUCAUUGCAGUCAGACCGUUUGCACAUCUGCAGUGGAUUGAUGGGACUGAGAGACUGCAGGAAGAGAUGCAUUAUGGGUCGCUCUAACAUGAAGGGACCUCGCUAAUGUGAUUUCUCCAAAUCUCUCCAGUCAAAUGGAGGGUUGGCCAAUUUGUUUCCCUAAAUCGUAUUAGGAAUUCUCAUAAUUUGUGCUCACUGAACAAACUGACUCCAUCUUUUCUGAGGUGGAACAUUUAUUUCAGGUUGAAUGUUUUUGGAAUGAGUAAAAAGUUUUUUUUAUUCACAAAAUAAUGAAAUGUUCUGGUAUUAUUUGUAAAGAUAUAUACUAGACAGCUGGUGUAGAGUGAUUGUUGUUUUUUUUCUUUUUAAUAGUCAUAGUUUUAAAGCACUGACACUGAAGCUUGCCUUUGGCAUUAACUUAACCCAGUGUCUGCUGUUAGUGUUCGCCAUAGCAGGGGAAGGAAAUGAUCCUGUGCUUCCAGCUUAUAUUUUUGUAUUGUGUUCAAAGACUCCAAACCAGCGGCGGCCGUUGCUAAACCGGACGGCUUCACAUCCGGUCCGAAAGGUUUGAGUUAUAGACGGUGUCUGAAGUCUGUCUGUGCUGGUGAUGCCUGCCCUGGCACCAGCAGUCACGUUUUGCUUGUAUGCCCCCCCUCCCCUCUUAUGUUCAUGUUGGUAUGCUAUUCUUUAAGAUAGACGGCACAGAUGGAUUGCAGUCCAUUUCAUUGGUUCUGAAAUAAAAGUUUUAAAGUUA